AUGAAGCAAAAAGUGUCGGUGGAAGUGCUGGACCACCUGGAGCACCUGGCCCUGGUGGAUUUCCGUGACUCGGAGGGCGUGGAGCGGCUGCAGAAGGCGAUCGAGUUUGCUGACCAGCUUCAUGAAGUGAACACUGACGGCGUGGAACCCAUGGAUUCAGUCCUGGAGGACAGGUGUCUGUACCUCAGAGAAGAUGAUGUGACAGAAGGCAACUGCACCAAAGAGCUGCUGCAAAAUGCCAGAGAGAAAGUAGAGGAGUAUUUUGUAGCCCCACCAGGUAACAUCCCUUUACCAAAGCUGGAGGAACGAGACACUUUCCUGCAGGGCUCUUAGUGACAGCCCAGAGCCCAAACACCCUUUCACUCUUUUAUCUGGGAAAACAAAGUUUUGUGCAGUCACGACUGAAAUGCCCUGACCUGUAUUUUGGUCAAAAGAAGAGCACUUGCAAGACAACUUACAGAAGAGAGAAGGUGUAAAAGUUUAGUAAUGCUACUGAAAUACUCAAUGUCUGUGAAGCUGGAAGGCAGAUGACCUUAGUGCUUUUGUUUAGCAAAAUUAAUUUCAUGUUAUUCUUGAAGAUACCGGAUGGCUUAAAGGCUUUAAAGAGAACAUUCACAGCUCAACUCUGGCUCUGACCUGUCAGAAGUAACAGAGUCUGGUGUGGAGGAGGAGUCUGUGACACUGCUGAGUAUCUCUGUGACAUAUGGACAGAACUCAGGGUUUCAUUAUUGAAGAAAAGGACUUUGAGAAGAUUAAUCAAAUAUUUUGCUUGUACUGAAUUAUUUCCAUUUUAUCUCUGUUCUCCAUGUCUGUCUGGGUUACAUUCUAUUUCCCAGUCUGUAUUUCUAUCCUCAUAAAUUAAAUAACUGGAAUUGUACAUAAUUUCAGCAAAACACAAAAAUAUGUGUUCUAAAAUAAAAGGUGCUUGCAAAGAA